UGCAGUAUCAGUAGUCGCUACAGUCAGUCAGCUCCUGAAAGCAAGUCGUGAGAUAUUCUCUUCUGUCAACAAUACUGCAAUUUCUGAGUAACAAAACUUUUAACACUCACUGCCACUGACAUACAGUACCAUUUUACAGUAUAUGCAAAAAUCAUAAGCACUCUAUUUUGUCUGACUUUGGAUUGUUUGUUCAGACUAACACAGACUCUACAGGAAGUGUCUCUGCAUGAGGAACCAAAUCCAUUGUUGGUGCAACCGAAUAUGGCAGUGCAGACACUGAAGGAGCAGGCCAAUUCAACAAAGCCGAUCCUACAAGUGCAAUUAACCGCUUUUAAAGGGAAGAACUUUUCACCUGACAGAAUAAGAUUAUAUACAACAGAGACUGAGAUUGAUCAAAACACAGUUGACCUUCAAAUAAAUGUCACAUUCAGUAAAGGUUUUAAUGAAAAUAUUGGGUUUGUCCUCUAUGAUAAUGAUCAGUUCUUCCAGUCAAAAAGCUUUCAACCUUCUCUGGAUACCAAGAGAAGAGUAAUAUCUGCUAAUCUUGAAGAAAAUCCUGAAAUUGUUCAGUUUACAGUCUCACCAUCGGCUGAUCUCACAAUGUCCCUCAACGACUUUGCAUGUGUGUUUUGGAGUUACUCUGAAAAGGACUGGAUCACAGAUGGUUGCUCCAAAACUGUGAACUCCUCAGGAAGUACAGGUUGCAGCUGUAAAAAUAAGCAAAAAGCAAACUUUGCUAUUUUGAUGGCAUAUGAUAUCAACUAUAACUAUUCUAAAGCUUUGGAUUGGAUCAGCAUCACUGGCUGUUUUCUGUCUGUUUUGGGACUGUGUGCCACAGCAUUGUACCAAAUCAGAACCAGGAAGUCAAGAGGAGGCAAUCCUACUCUGCUAGUGGUGAACAUCUGCUUAAGCAUGACAGUUUUCUACCUUUUCUUCAUCUUCGGCAUAAACAACCCUGUCGAACAUCCGAUUGAAAGAGAGGUGUCUGGGGAGAAUAUAGUUCCUGAGUCUGACCACCACAAGUACCCAGAUCAGGGACCCUGUACAGCAUUUACAGCUCUGCUUCAGUAUUUCCUGUUGGCCACGUUCACUUGGAACACUCUGUACGGCAUUAAUGUGUACAUUAAUGAAACACCUCGAUGGUUUCCAAAAGCCUUCAUUGCUGUUGGAUGGGGUUUGCCUGCUGUUAUUGUCGGUAUCUCAUUGGGUUCCACUUACCGUGUGGAUGAGCCUUUGGGUUAUCGACAAGAAGAGUUUUGCUGGCUGGCUUCAGUGGACCACAAACAAACAUUCAGUAUAAAGAAACCCAUGUUUUGGGGAUUCAUACUCCCUUUACUGAUCAUGCUGAUCUUAAACACAGCAAUACUGCUGCACUUCAUGUACAACAUUUGCAAGACCAACCCAAACUUAAACACAUCUCCUUUGAAGAAGAAGAUUUGGAGUAGUUUUUCUGUGGCAGUGAUGCUCAGCUUGUCUUGGUUCACGGGCUACUUUAUACUUGUCACUCCGGAAAAAGAAACUCUCAACUUAAUUCUCAGUGUUGUUUUCUGUCUCCUAAACGCAACACAGGGUUUUCAGAUAUUCAUUUUAUUCGCUCUGGGGCCUUUUUUAAUUUCAAAUCCAGCUGUUCUCAAAUCUCUGUGUGCACCAGAAGUAGGCCUCCACAAGAAAUCAUUUUAUUUAUGGAAAAAAAAGAAGCAAAAAAGCAAAGAAAGCUACAUAUCCACAGAUGACUGUCAGGACAAGCCGGUGUAGAUGGUUGGUGAGAGUGUGGCCUUCACCUUAGCAGUGAUGAAGACAUGAAAGAAUAUCAACUUGAGUCAGAUCAUUGUAUCCAGAUUCAGUGUUGAGUUGGCAGCUCAAUUUUAUAUUCUAUGCUCAUGUCAUUAUGAACUUCUUGGGCUUUGUUCACACUGCACACAAAUCUGAUUUGGUUUUAAUUUCCACUCUUUAGGACUAAAUGGUGACACAUUUUUCAGGUAAUGCAAUAUAAUCUGCUUAUUCCAAAAGUGUAAGUACUAUUCAAUAACUAAUGAAUGUCACAUAGUUUGAGGAAUGGUUCACCCGAAAAUGAAAAAUUGCUGAAUAUUUAGCCAACUUAAGGCCAUCCAAGAUCAAAAUGAGUUUGUUUCUUCAUGCGAACAAAUUUGGAGAAAUGUAGCUUUACAUCAUUUGCUCACCAAUGGAUUCUCUGCAGUUAAUGGGUGCCAUCAGCUGAUAAAAAACAUCACAAUAAUCCACACCACUCCAGUCCAUCAAUUAAUAUCUUCUAAAGUGAAAAGAUGCAUGAUUGUAGCGCAUUUUAACUCUGAACUUUUGCUUCUGAACAAAAUAUGAGUCCAUAAUUAAUAAUAAUGCUGCUUCCAGUAAAAAAAAAAAAAAAGAAAAAAAAGUCCAUCCCCUAUUGUCCUCUUACAGCAAAAUCCUCUGGCAUGUUAGUUUAAAAGUGUUUUGGACUUAUUUUCACUUUAAUCUGUGCAUAUUUCUCUUCUAAUUCAGAUGUGAUGACUUCUGACAAUUCAAGACUCAUAUUUUAGAAGUUAAAAAAACAUCUUGAUGAUUUUUACAAAACCAAAGCUUUUCACUCCACAGGAUGUUAACUGAUGGAUUGGUGUGGUGUGGACUACUUGUGGAUUGUUGUGAUGUUUUUAUCAGCUGUUUGGACUCUCAUUCUGAUGGCACCCAUUCACUGCAGAGGAUCCAUUGGUGAGCAAGUGACGUAAUGCUAAAUUUCUCCAAAUCUCCAAAUCCAAAAACCUCAUCCAGAUCUUGCAUUACCAGUCGGUGAGUAAAACUUUAUCAAAUUUGUAUUUUUGGGUGAACUUUUGAGGAUAUACAAAAAAGUGCUGUUUCUCAAAUUCUGAUAGAAAUGGCUUGAAAUGUGAUUUCUAUAAACAACAAAACAAUAGAUUUAGCUUUGUUAACACACUAACAAACUAAAAGUAUUUGAGAUGGAUAUGCCAGUCUGAUUUUCACUGCCUGUCUGAACAAAGCUUGACACGUCAGGUUUAGCCGCCAGUUUUUGCCUUGUCUGAUUAAUGUGCUCUAUUGUAAAAUAAUAUGUAAAAUAUUGUAAAAUAAUAAUAAUGUACUGUAAACACACCUCAAUCUUUCGAGUUUGACUCAUUACUUUUUUACUAAUUGACUGCUGAGAAAUGUUAAACAUUGAUGAAAUGACAACAGACUGCUGGGUCUGAAUUUAUUUUUAUCUUAUGUAUGGACUUUACCAAAUUAAAAUUGAUUGAUUUUGAAAUGAAUGAAUCAUAAUCCUGUGUUAUCCUGUGUUACCAGUUUAGUAACCAUGGUGAUUUUAAGUUCAUGGGGUCUUGGUACAGUUUCUGUAAUAGUUAGAAGAGCAUCUCCACCAGGGGGAGCCAUUUUCAAGAAAAUACCUUUGUGAUACCUAGAAGAUGCAUAAACUAAUUAAUUGUAAUUUGCAUUCAGUACAUACCUGUACAUUGGGUAUAUAUUUCCUCAUAUGUAUUUACUACAAACUAACAAA